CUGGCAGCGGGUGGGACAGAGCAGUGGAGAGUUGGCGGAGAAAAGUUACGGGUCCUGGAAGAGCAGAGGAACCACAGUCUGUCUGGAACUUACAGUAUCCUGCACCAAAAAACCAGCUACUUAACUCUGCAGCGACAUGAGAGAGUGCAUCUCUAUCCAUGUGGGCCAGGCAGGUGUCCAGACAGGAAAUGCCUGCUGGGAGCUCUUCUGCCUCGAGCACGGCGUCGGUCCCGAUGGCGUCUUCCUGGACAGCCCUGCAGAACCAAACUCUCGUGAAGACCCGUUCAACACUUUCUUCAACACCGGGAGCUCUGGGCGUCACGUUCCAAGAGCGAUAUAUGUAGACCUGGAGCCCACAGUGGUUGAUGAAGUAAGAGUUGGAAAGUACAAAGAGCUUUUCCAUCCUGAGCAACUGAUCUCUGGAAAAGAGGACGCAGCCAACAACUACGCACGUGGCCAUUACACUGUCGGGAAGGAAAUCAUUGAUGGAGUCAUGGAGCGUGUUCGUAAGAUGACGGACCAGUGCACGGGCCUGCAGGGGUUCCUCGUCUUCCACAGCUUUGGAGGUGGAACCGGCUCUGGUUUCACCUCCCUGCUGAUGGAGCGUCUGUCUGUCGACUACGGCAAGAAGUCCAAGCUGGAGUUCUCCGUCUACCCGGCUCCUCAGGUGUCCACCGCUGUGGUGGAGCCCUACAACGCCAUCCUGACCACCCACACCACCCUGGAGCACUCCGACUGUGCCUUCAUGGUGGACAACGAGGCCAUCUACGACAUCUGCCGUCGCAACAUGGACAUCGAGAGUCCCGGUUACAUAAACCUCAACAGAUUGAUCGGUCAGAUUGUUUCCUCAAUCACGGCCUCCCUUCGCUUCGAUGGCGCCCUCAAUGUCGAUCUGAUGGAGUUCCAGACCAACCUGGUCCCAUUUCCACGUAUCCACUUCCCUCUGGUUACCUACUCACCCAUCAUCUCUGCUGAGAAGGCCUACCACGAGCAGCUGACUGUGUCCGAGAUCACAGGCGCCUGCUUUGAGCCGACCAAUCAAAUGGUCAAGUGCGACCCUCGUCACGGCAAGUACAUGGCAUGCUGCAUGCUGUACCGCGGCGACGUCGUCCCUAAGGAUGUGAACGCUGCCAUUGCAAGUAUAAAGACCAGACGCUCCAUUCAGUUUGUCGACUGGUGCCCGACUGGCUUCAAGGUUGGCAUCAACUACCAACCGCCAACUGCGGUUCCCGGUGGAGACCUGGCCAAGGUGCAGAGGGCCGUGUGCAUGCUGAGCAACACCACCGCCAUCGCCGAGGCCUGGGCUCGUCUCGACCACAAGUUCGACCUCAUGUACGCCAAGCGUGCGUUCGUCCACUGGUAUGUGGGUGAGGGCAUGGAGGAGGGCGAGUUUGCGGAGGCCAGAGAGGACCUGGCGUCUCUUGAAAAGGAUUACGAAGAGUUGGGUCGAAUGAACCCCGAUUCUGAAAAUGACGACGAAGAAUACUGAUCUCGUGACGGCUGCACGGCAGUGAUUCGAUCCUGUACUGAGUAAAUAAUGAUUUAAUAUCUGUAUCUUUUGAGCUUUUGAUGAUUUCUCUCGCUGUUUUUAUAAAGUCAACUUUAGAUUCAGAAGAAUUGUUGGAAUUGAAUUUUGCUGUGAAAUAAAGUUUGUCUUGCAGGGUGUUACGGUGUACCAAGUAACUGCCACGUCCCCGUUUCAAAUGCAGGUCACUUCCUCUUUUCUCUCUGUCUCCCCCAAAACAGAAACAUUGUGGUUGAAUAAUUUGUAUCUUCUUGACUAACAACAGGUACCUUCUCUUCGUCCUGUGAACGCUACACACUUACUGAUUUAGAAACUCACUUCCUCAGAGAAGAGAGGCGACAGAAAGUAUAAUUAAUGAUGUUAUAUUUGGAUAAAAUAAUGUGCAUUUGUUUCACAUUAUAAUACAUACUGGGGUUUUUGUAAGUCUGAAAGGUAAGAAUACUGUAAGAAAUACAAACACUUCAUAUUAGUUUAGUUUUGGUUUAUUUUAAAGAUCCAGUGUUUAACAUUUAAGAGGAUUUAUUGGCCAUGUUUCUACAGUAGCCCAGAACGGACAAUCUCAACAGUGGCUAUAUAUCGGUCUGUUUGCGUUUUUCUCACAUAUGUCGGGCACCUUAGUUUCUCCCUUGUGCUUGGAAACAGAGGGUGAAGAGAGAAGCUACUAGAUGCCACUAAAUCUGUACACACUGGAGCUUUAAAUAACUGUUUAAGACCAAAGAUGUCAAAUUAGAAACAAAACAAAACAACAAUCCAAGAAAAAGUAGUCCGAGGUCAAAAAAAUUAAAAAAACUGGUGGAGAACUUUGUUUUUUUUUCUUUCCUGCCACACUAAUAAUCUUAUAGGGGUCAUGAGAUGAUCAUGGGGCAGGAUUUGAAACAAAGCGGAUAAAACUAGGUCCACUUUCAACCAGCUACAACAGUAAAAAGCUACUUUACACACUGAUGCAUCAGUAUUAACAAUCUGAUAAAUAAAACAGUCACAGGGAUAUAAACAACAAGUACUUUUACUUUG